AGUAAGCCAGAAGCUCCCGCAGAGAGUACACGCGUCCCGUACCCCCAUGUAACCGAACACGUGCUUUUACGAAAAAAAAAAUAGACAAAUAAUGACGAGAAACGUCGAAAAAUGUACAAUAAAUUAAAGAGUUAGCAAGAUAAAACCAAAUGACGUGCUUCCAAUUUUAAAAGUGGAAUGAAAUUGAAGCGUUUUGUAAAUGAAGUGUGCUGUUUAAUAAUAUUUUUUAAUAUUAUUUUUGUGGUUGUUACUGUGAAGUGUUAGUAAUGUGUUUGGAAAGAUAUGUUGUGUGUUUCCUAUUAUUAUUUAUUGUGAUGUCCGUUGGAAAGGAAAAAAAUGGAGACAUUCAACACACAACAGAAAAGGAAACCCGACCGGAAUACAUACACCCAGAUGGCCUUUUAACCUUUGACCCUUACCUAUCAGACAUAAAACCAGAAGCCGAGGACGAUGACUACAUACCACUGCCUGAAAACGACGAAACAAUUGACGGUCUACCCAUAUUUUUAAUAGAACCAAAGAACGCAUAUGUCAUGAGAGCAAAACCAGCCAGUCUCCUAUGUAGAGCCGCUAAUGCUUUGGAAGUAUUUUUCAAAUGCAAUGACGCUAGAAGUGACAAAGCAGUGCAGUUUGAACACGUCGAUCCUCAGAACGGUGUGAGGGUGGUUGAAGCUGAGUUGAAUGUGACCAAGAAUGAGAUUGACGAUUACUACGGCGGCAAAUUCGGAUGCGAAUGCCUUGCUUGGAAUAGUAAAGGAAGAAUUAGAAGUCAGGCGGUGUUCAUUGAAUAUGCAUACAUCAAGAGGCAGUUUGUCCAACAUCCACAAUCAGCGACCAUCGAGGCGGGUCAGAGUGUGACGCUGCGUUGCGUGCCACCGCAAGCGGCGCCGCCGGUGGAACUCAAGUGGACAAGGAACGGAGUACCGUUGGACGUUAAGGAGAAUAUGCUACAGCUAACAAAUAUUGGGUUACAGGAUAUGGCCAACUAUACAUGCGUUGCUGAGAACAUUGCCGGCCGCCGGGAGUCUGAUGUUGCUGUCAUAUCAGUAUAUGUGAAUGGCGGCUGGUCAGACUGGUCGCCUUGGCUUCCGUGCCGAUGCGGUACCGCUACCAGCGGCCGCCGCCGCACCAGGACCUGCACCGAGCCUGCUCCAGCCAAUGGUGGGGCACCCUGCAGAGGUCAACAGUCCCAGAAUGAUGAGGACUGCCUGAGCUGUCAAAAUGGAGCUUGGUCUGCCUGGGGCGGCUGGUCGUCUUGCAGUGAGGACUGCAUGAGGGUUCGGCGGCGGCAGUGCAUCAGUGGACUUGUCUCGACUUGUUCGGGCACGAGUCUGCAGCACGCCGCCUGUGUUGAUGGACUGUGUUCUACUGGGAUGAGGCUAAGUAAGAACAACCUUGCCCUCUACAUCGGCAUUGGCAUGACUGUUGUCAUUUUGGUGGUGGCGGCGGCCAUCUUCUACGUUUGGUGUAGAUACAGAAACUCAAGGCCUGGCUAUAUUGCUGCGAGGUCAGGUAUCCCAAAGACGUAUCCCACCCGGGACAAAGCUGUUUCCGGGCCAGAUGUGACCAGGUCCUGCAACGAGUACUGGAUGCAGGGCCCUGACAACCAUUAUGAUAUGCCGCAUGUGCGAGACAGCUACUCCUCGCCCUUCGGCAACCGGACCCGGCAACCCUCGUCGGCCGGCAGCAACCACUACGAGAUGAAACCCUACAGCCCUUCCGGCGACUCUGCGUCUAGUUGUUACACUAACUCCAGAACAAUGACGUCACGCUCCAGCGAGUGCUCCUCCCAGCUCGCGGAGCUGGUGACGUCAUCACCCAGCUCCGCGAAAGUCGACGUCGCCGUCACGCUACCCGCAAUACCUCUGGACUCCAGUUACAGGGAGAAGAUAUGCCUUACUGUUGUCAAAUAGACUGUUGUUACGUAAUCAGGGUAAAAAAAAUGUAAUUAAUGUAACAGCUGUAUUUGGUUCGAUCCCGAGCAAAGCCUGCUUGGAUAACAGUCGGCCGUUAAUAAAUACCUAUUGCUAAUUAUUUCAUUCGCCUAACCUAACCCUUCUCAUGUCGUCCGGUUAAGGUGACAGUCCAUUUCCAACGACAGCAGCACUACCACUCAUUUCACUAUGCAAACUGACAAUAACACCGACGCGUUUGCACUAGUAGUGCAGCUUCGGUCAGAAAUGGAAUGUUACCCUUAUCGACAAAGGUGCUUAAACCGACUAUGUUUAAAAAUAAAGACAUGUUAUCGUCUCACUUACAGGUAGCAACGUCGAUCGGAUACUCAGAAUGUAAGACCGUCUGUUAACAAACUAAACAUUUGGUUAGCUCGGCAAAUUGUUACAGCUAUUACGUUACGAUACAAUUAGUGUCGGUAUUUGUUAAAUAUGUAUUAUGCAUCUUCUUUUGUAUUGUAAUAAAGUGUAUGUUACAGGAUUGACAUAAAUACGUAAUUGGCCUAAGUACGUUGAAGUUUAGUUUCUUAUAAACUUUGUGUUUUGAUAUAAACACGUUUAAAUAAAUGUAUGCUUAUUUUCAGCACUAAAUACUUUAAAUUUGUAACAAGCGAAUAAUAAUAUUUUUACUAAACAGACAAACUAUAACUUUUCCGACUAGUUAAUAACCAUUGGUCAUUUAUAAAAUAAUAGGAAACAUUAUACCUAUGUAAUUACUGCACUGAUAACUCAACGCAAUGACGGCGCGUCCAGCAAAUUGCCAUUUUCGUUAUUUGGGGUCCAGAGAGAGUAACAGCCCUUUUGCAAUAGACUAAUUGGAAAAGGCCGGAUGCUUGCGGGUAAUAACUUCCGCGAUAAACUGUCUGCCGUAUUCGAACUUCAAGAUAUUCACAAGAGACGACACGUAUUACAUCCAUUCUAGAUACGUUAUAGUUUAAUAUCAACUAGUUCUCUUUUGCAGCGCAAUUCGGGCAACCAAUGUCACUUUUACGUUAGAUAGAGCAAGACAUCUAUUAGAUGUGAAUUGGAUCUCUAAGUCAUAUCCUGUGGAAAUCGUUCAAGAGUAUCUCCAGAAUCGCGCAAAUGUCAAAUUUGACAGGUCAGAUCUUAAACAUAUCGUUAUCGUAUCUUGGUGAUGUCUAAAAGCUAUCUAAUAGAUGUCUAUUUCUAAAUCCGAAUCGGGCCCUGUGUCUAACUAGGGCCGCUACUAGACAUGCGCCGAAGCCAUAGUAAUUGGCGAUUAUAUUUCUAGCGACGCUUCUCGUCACGGGAUUGAAGACAGACGGUACUUAUAAUAAGUUAUUGACGCUAUUAAAAUUACUUCAGUACGUGUCUAAUACGUACAAACAUAACUUAAAAUGUAUUUGUAUUUCUUCUAUGUAUCUACUUUUUACAAAGAAUUGCAGAUAAAAUAGUUGUACUAAAGCAAUGACUGAGUUCCUUAACAUUAAAUAAACGAAUUAUAACUCUCUUUAAUCGUACUUAUACAUGCCUGUAGAAUAUCUUUAAUUUUUCAAUUGCGGCCAAAUAUUGCAACUAAUUUUAUUUAUAGCAAUGUGCAGUGUGAUCUGUUUAUAGACUUUGCUGAAAAUAAUAAAACAUGUUAAGUAAUUGUGCGUCGAGUACCAAGUUUAAAAACACUAUUUUAUUAAUUUAUUCUUGUAAGUGGAAGGUUUUGUACAAUGCCGAUCUGCAUCCCUGGCUAAAGAAUUUGUUAUAUAUUCCUGAAUUUAGUAACUAACGAUAGGGACGCAGCUAUACGUUAGGCACUUUUCGCACAAGCAUUGCUGCGUUCGCCAGUUACUUGUACAUAUUAUUAUUACUAUUGCCCCGACUCUCAGAUGGUAAUGGCCCGACAAUAAGUAGGUACUUGUACAAGAAGAGUAGGGGAGACCGAGGUGAGUUGAAACAGAAGUAAGUUGAAACAACGUGAAUUUUGCGGUAUUUAUAAUCGUCUUGAGGCAAGGACUCAUAUUGAGGAACCAGCGGGCUACUAGGACGCGGCUAAACAUCGUUUUUUCCACCACGAUAUCAGUUAUAUAUGUCUCAAAAAUUACGUUGUUUCAACUUACCUCUGUUUUAAGUAAUCUCGGUCUCCCCUAUCAAGCGCUUUGUUUGAUAGUGUAAGUAUUUAUUUAUUUGCACCCUUAUUAUUAGUUAUUAUUUCUUAGUUAUACGUACUCGUAAUAUCGGUUUGUUAUAAGUAGUUAUUGUUUGUAUUUGCACUUUUAUCUAUUUAUUUGCAAAUAUUUGAAUUGUUCCACAUUAAAUAAAAAUAAAUAGCUAUUAUAACCAAUGACACGCAAUGUAUACGUUUAUUUUCUUAGUGUCAAAUUUAGUUAAAAAGACUGUAAAUUAUAUCGAUGCAUUUUUUUUAAUAACCUCUCAUGUCUAUUCUAUUCAGAUUAAUUAUAACUCAAUAUAACUCCAGAUAUCUCUGUAACUUAAUGAAGAACAUUGGAGAGCGAUUCUGAUUUUAUUUUCAAGAAAUUAAAAUUAAAUUCGUUAUUUUCUGGAUUUAACCUUUAAUUCCAUAAAAUACAUUUUUAUGUCCUCAAAUAUCUAUGUGCAAUUAAAUUUAAAAACACCUGUUUGUACGAAAAAUAAAAUUGUGUGUGUAAUUAUCACUUUUUAAUUUAGUAAUUAGGUUUGAAUUGUUUUUAAUGUAUUUUGAUAAACACAAUGCAUUUAUUUGUAAACGAAAUUGUAUAUAGUAUUCGAAUAAACUGUGAUAUUUAAUAAAAAAAUUUAAGAAGCUGUAA